ACAGUGGUGAGAAAAGGAUAGUGUUUGAAUACAUUUUUACUGCUAAUCUACAUCUUGUGUUUAUUUUUUAUGAAGUUGAAUCAACGGACAGAAAAUGUGAUGCACUCAUGCAGCAUGCUUUUCAGGUUGUAUUCGAGAAAUGUGCUAUGCAUGUAUGGUUUCAUAUAUAAUUCCACUUAUCAGGAGUGAAAUGUCGUCUUCAAAGAAGAGUAGGUGCAUAAGAAUGUGUGAUGUAGGUGACCCUUUUAUCCAAAGCGACUUACUAUGAAUGUAAUUCAUUAAGUAUCUAACUAAGACUUCCCUGCAGGUAGACUGUGAAAAUCGGGAAUUGAACCACCAACGUUUUGGCUGGGAGUCUAACAUGCAGGCCGCUUCACCAUCCUUCCUUGUAUCACUCAUCCUUAUGUCUCUCUCCUCAGGGGUCCUGUGGCCCCCCAGCCCACCAGCAGUCAGCCCCGGUCAGGGCCGCGGGGCAGAUGGAGGCGACCCCCUUCCGGAAGAAGCUGGGCUGUGUGCGACAGGAGAAUGCCUGUCUGUCCGUCCAACUCAUGCCUGACCCGGAGUCGUCUCAGUAUGAGCUGUCCUCCUCAAGGUCCAAGAUGGGGUCCAGUGUGGGGGUUAAGAGCCGUAAUGUGUCCGCGUUGACCGAGCAGAUCCUCAGCCUGGAGGCGGAGCUGGACGCCCAGGCCGUGGAACUAAGGGCUGCUGAGCUGAGGGCGGAGCAGGCGGAGGAGGCCUCGGCCCACAGCAACCUCCUGGGGAACCAGCUGUCUCUGGAGCUGGAGGACCUGAAGCUGGAGCUGGACUCCAGGGCCGCAGUGGGGAAGCGGGCAGAGCAACAGAGGAACCAAGCGCUGCACAAUGCUGAGAAGCUGAAGGAGGCGUACAAAGAGUACAAGGAGACCAUAUCCCUCAAACUCAAGAAGGUGCUGGAGAGUGAGAGCCGGGUCAAGGAGAGCCUGGUGGUCUGCGACAGGGAGAAGGUAGACCUGGAGGUGAAGUGCUCUGUGCUGGAGAAGGAGCGGGCCGAGCAGAGCCAGACGAUCAGCCAGCUGAGGGGGGAGGUGCAGCAGGCCCGGGCCCUGUCCUCGGAGCGCUCCGGCCUCCAGGCCCUGCUGGACCAGGCCGGCCGUCGGACCUCCCAGCUGGAGAGGGAGCUGGGGGAGAGGGAGAGGCAGCUGGGGGAGCGGGCGGCGCAGGCCAGCGAGAGGCCCCGCCUCCUGCGGGAGCUGGAGGAGGCGCGGGGCGCGCGCCACGCCCUGGAGCAGAGGCUGGCCCAGGGCGUGCAGGACGCCCAGCAGAGCCAGGCAGAGCUGGCGGGCCUGGAGGCCAUCCUGGCCCUGCUGCAUCUCCGAGAGGGACCAGAGGGGCCUCUGUGUGUCAGGCCUUGUCUGAUGCCCCAGGUGGACUACUCGCUCCAUGCACAGCUGCUGAACCCAAAGCCAGGCGAGCGCUACCAGACGCUGCUGCCCGUGCUGCGGACCCUGGAGGGAGAGCGGCUGCGUCAGAGCGGCCUGGUGCAGCGGCUGCAGGAGCGUCUGAGCCGGGCCCAGGAGGAGGUGUCCUCCCUGCAGGCCUCCAUGGCCCAGAGAGCCUCCCACUACCAGGGCCUCCACACUCAGCUGCUGGAGAAGACCGGGCGCGCCACCGACACUGAGAAAGAGCUCAAGAGGAAGGGCGCACGUAUAAAGGGGCUGGAGAAACAGCUGCAGGAGAAAACAUCUGCUUACAGCCAGGCCGCCCUGAGGAACACAGAGCUGGAGCAGCAGCUCCAGGAGAAGAGCAGCAGCCUGCAGCACUGCCAGUCCACCCUGUCCAAGAGGCAGAGAGAGCACCAGCAGGCCCUAGACCUCUGUCAGCAGCAGCAGAGCACGCAGAGCCAGCAGCUCCAGCUCCAGAUAGAAGGGCUGCAGCGGUCGGUCGAGGAGGCGCGUCGUGGACAGCUGACGCUGCAACAGGAGCUGUCCUCAGCCCAGGAGGAGCGGGAGCAGGCCCAGAGAGGAGCUGCGCUGCUGCAGGCCUCCCUGGAGGACCUGGCUCAGCAGAGGGAAAGUGCGUUCGAGCACAGUGAAGAGGCCCUGCGGUGUUUUGAAGAGGAGGCGAAGGAGUCUGCCAGCAAGAUCUCCAGCCUGCAGCAGGAGCUCCGUGGCGCCAGGCUGGUGUGUGAGACCUCCACACAGCAGACCCUGCAGCUCCAGCGGUCCCUGCAGCAGCAGCAGGCCAUGCUGACGGAGAGCUCCGCCCGCGUCGCUGAGCUGGAGGACAGCCAGAGCCUGCUCCAGACACAGGUGUCGGGUCUGGAGAAGGAGCUGGAGCGGGCGCGGGCCGCCCUGGAGGAGGAGGCCCGGAGCAGGGAGAGCGAGGCGCAGGACGGCCGGAGGGAGGUGCAGGAGGCCACCCAGCAGGCAGCGCAGCUCUCAGAGACCGUCAGCAACCUGACGGCGGAGAUGUCCAAGGUGCAGGGCCAGCUGUGCUCCGUGGAGGCGGAGGUCCAGCGGCUGCGGCGGGAGGCGCACGCCAGCAGCUCCCACGCCAGCGGGCUGGAGCAGAGGCUGCAGAGCGCCCAGGGCCUGCUGCGGACACAGACCCAGCUGGCGGAGGAGCUGGAGGAGAAGCUGCGUAGCGGCGAGGAGGAGCGGAGGAGCUCGGUGCAGCGGGUGGGGGAGCUGGAGGGCCAGCUGCAGGCGGUGCACGGGGAGCUGGGGGCCACGCUGGAGCGCCUGCAGGAGCUGCAGGACGUCCUGCAGAGGACCCAGGGCGCGGCCGAGGAGCGGCAGGCCUCCCUGGAGCGGCUGGGCCUGGAGCUGAGGGACACCAAGAGGGAGCUGGAGGAGAGGACCCAUGAGGUCCUGGACAUGGACACCGCCCUGAAGGAGAGACAGGGGGAGCUGCAGCAGCGCGCACAAGUGCUGGGGCAGCUGGACGUGGCCAUCCGUGACCACCGGCAGGAGAUGGAGCAGAAGGUGGAGGCGCUGCAGCGCCGCCUGGAGGAGAGGGAGGGCCAGCUGACGGAGGCCCGGGAGGAGCUGCUCAAAGCCAGGGAAGACCUGAAGGUGAGCGAGGACCUGGGCUGGCAGCUGCGUGUGUGUCGGGAGGAGCUGCAGAGUGUGUGUGUGCAGCGGGGGGAGAGGGAGCAGCACUGCGGGGGUCUGGCUGCACAGCUGGAGGCCAGCGUGGCGCAGGCAGACAGGAGGGAGGCCCGUGUGCGUGUGCUGGAGGAGGAGCUGGUGGUGAAGGAGGAGCACUGGCUGCAGAAGGAGGCGCGGCUGCAGGGUGUGGUCUCCUCCCUCCAGAGGGAGCUGCAGCAGGAGAGGGAGCAGCACAGCCAGGAGCUGGGCUCCCUGCAGCAGACCCGAGGCCAGCUGCUGAAGGUGUCGGAGCAGAUCUCCUCCACCAUGCGCUCCUCCCAGGAGGAGCUGGGCGCCCGGCUGCAGCAGAGCCAGGCCCAGCUGGAGGAGGCCCGGGCCGGGCACCAGCGCGCCCUGGGCCGGGCCGCGCAGCUCCAGGCCCAGCUGGAGCAGGCCGCCGCCCAGCUGGGCCUCACCAGCACCGCGCUGGACCACAGCCGGGACCAGGCCGGCCGCCUCCAGGCCCAGCUGGAGCAGGGCCAGGCCCGGCUCCGUCAGGCCGGGGCCCAGGCAGAGCAGGCCGGGGCCCGGAGCGCGGGGCUCCUGGCCCAGCUGGAGCUGCACCAGGCCCGGCUGGGCCAGGCUGAAGCCCAGGGUGCCCAGCUCACCGCCAGGCUGCUAGGGGCGGAGAAAGAGGUGGAGGCGGCCAACGAGUCCCUGGUCAUCAAGGAGUCGGCGGUGACCCGUCUGCAGGCGCGGCUGUCCAGCCUGGAGCGCUCGUCGGACCCCCGCUCCUCCCCUCUUGCCCCGUACACACCGCUGCCAAAGCCCCUCCCGGUCCCGGACGCAGUCGCCCCGGCUCCCCCCUCCCCUCGGACACGCUCCCCUCGACGCCGUCCCGCCCCGGGACACGCCCUGGGACACGCCCCGCCGCGGGACCCCUGGCCCUCGGCGCUUGACCCCCGGUCCUCGCCGCCGCCCGUCGCCGUCCACACCGGCGCCGGGCCCCCUCCCCGGCCCCUCGCCCUCGACCGGUCCUCGCUGUCCCUCCCGCCGUCGGAGCGCUCCACCCUGGCCUGGCUGCGCUCCACCAGCGCCGACUCGUCCCUGGACCUCCCCCCGGAGCUGAGGGCGGCGCUCCGGGACGCCCUGAGCCGGAGGCCCCGGGAGUCCUCCGCCCGCCACUCCCCCCCCCCCGACCCCGACCCCCACCCGGUGGACCGGAGCUGGCAGGGCCUGAGCUCCCUGGAGCCCGACACCACCGGCACCACCACCACCUCCGCCUCUGACCUCUCCUUCAACCCCCUCACCUACAUGCUGGACCAGACGCUGGCCAUGCAGGAGGACACGUCGCUGUGGGACGCCGGCCAGGCGUCGUGA